CUUUUUUUAGUGGCGGAAAGGACAGUUGCUACAAUAUGAUGCAGUGUGUCAUGGCGGGUCAUCAAAUUGUUGCCCUUGCUAACUUGAAGCCUCCUGACAGUGCAGUGGAUGAAUUGGACAGUUACAUGUACCAAACAGUUGGCUACCAGGCAUUGGAUCUUUAUGCAGAAGCCAUGGGGUUACCACUGUAUCGUGCUACCCUGUCUGGUGCCAGCCUGAACAUAGGAAGAGGAUAUACUCCCCAAGAAGGAGAUGAGGUUGAAGACCUGUAUCACUUACUAAAGAUGAUUAAGGAAAAGGAGUGUGUGGAUGCUGUAUCUGUUGGAGCCAUCCUGUCUGACUACCAGCGUGUCCGAGUAGAGAAUGUGUGUCAGCGCCUUGGUCUGCAGCCAUUGGCUUAUCUCUGGCGAAGGAAGCAGGAGGACCUUUUGGAUGAAAUGAUAUCCAGUGGUUUGCAAGCCAUACUCAUCAAGGUAGCUGCAUUUGGAUUAGACCCUGAUAAGCACCUUGGGAAGACAUUGGAAGAGAUGAGACCCUACCUGAAACAGCUCUCUGCACAGUAUGGUGUCCAUGUGUGUGGAGAAGGAGGAGAAUAUGAGACCCUCACCUUGGAUUGCCCUCUCUUUUCAAAAAAUAUUGUCAUUGAUUCCACAGAGGUGAUGAUGCAUUCUAACGAUGCCUUUGCUCCUGUGGCUUAUCUUCGACUGCUGAAGCUUCAUUUGAAGGAUAAAGCUGGUGGUACAGUGCUUAGUUCAGGGGAGCCGUGUCCAUGUGAUAUAGACCAGCUUGUGCCACAGGAAACAGAGUUGCACACUGAAACAGAACAUAAACCUUUGGUUUUUAUACCCCAGGAAUGGUCAUCAGGUAGUGGUGUCCAUUGGUCAUCUCAGACUUGCAGUGGAUUCCGAUGGAUGAGUGAAGUUACAUCCUAUGGUGGUAAUGUUCAGGAAGCAACCCUCUCGGGCCUAUCAUCAUUUAAAGUGCAAGUGGAAGAGAAUGGUCUACAGAUGAGUGAUGCGGUACUGGUUCACUUAUAUGUCCAAAGCAUGGACGACUUUGCAGCCAUCAAUGCUGAAUAUGGGAGACUCUUCUCA